UUUGACACCGUUUUUCGUGAUGUGGAAAUAAUACGGACCAGGGAUUCUCACGUUUACAUCUUUUAGAAGAUAAAAGAUUCAUAAAAGAAACCAGAAUAUAUUUCAAGACUCAUGUUGUAAGCAAAGAGAGAAUUAAUUGUUCUGAGAGUUUAUUAUUACGACUGCCUAAAUUAUUCCAUUUUUUGAUAAACGUCUUUAAUUUCUAGGAAGAUCUAAUUUAGGCGAUCCCUAGUUUAUAACUGGCAUUUAGGUGAUCCAGUUAAUUACAGAUGAUUGCUAUUUAAAUAUAAAAAGAUAAUACUACAGCGUUCUUUAUUAUGUCGAUGUGAAAAAUCUAAAUAUUUCUUUGUGAAAUAUAGAAGUUGUGUCCAAGCAGCCAUUGUCCAGUCUGAGUUGUGACUACUUGAAUCUAUCGUGACAUCUUCGUCAUUGGCUCUAUCUAUAUUAACAUGUGCAGGCAUGGCUGUGUGAUAAGAAGCUUGUUUCCCAACCACAUAGUUCCAGGUUCAGUCCCACUGCAUGACACCUUCAGCUUGUGUCUCAUUAUAUUAUGGCCUCGGGCUGGACUAAACGUUGUUAGUGGAUUUGGAAGACAGAAACUGAAAGAAGCCUAUUAUAAUAUAGAUGAUGUUGCCAUAAAAGAAUUAUUUGCCUGAGAUCCAUCAAUAUUUAUCAACUUGUGAAGACAGAAAGACUCUAUGGAAAACAUUAGCAUCAAUAAAUAGAGAUUAAUAACUGAAUUUUCUGUUUGGAAUGUAUAGAAGAUGAAUUUAUAUUCUAAUUAAAAUUGGAUUACAAAGGAGUUCGCUGCAUCUUCAAAUAUUAAUCAAGAUCACAGUUGAUGGAAAUAUAGCAGAACAAAAAAAAAAAAAAAACAUCUAUAUUGUGGAAAGAGAUAAAGAUUGAUGGAAAACGAAAUGUGUGAAAACAAAGCCCAAUAUAAUACACAGAGGCAAAGAAUGAAUUUAUCCAAUGAUAUUAAGAAAGAGAAUGGGAAUAUAUUAUAUCAGUGUGAUAUAUGUAAGAAAUCAUUCUCUUAUAAAUGUAACUUUACAACUCACAAACUUAUUCAUGCAGGAGAGAAGCCACAUCACUGUGAUAUCUGUGGUAAAUCCUUCUGUCGAAAUGAUGAGUUAACUGUACACAGACGUAUUCAUUCAGAAGAGAAACGCUACGUCUGUGAUAUCUGUGGUAAAUCAUUCUCUAAAUGCAGUACCUUAGUAGGUCACAGACGUAUUCAUACAGGGGAGCAGCCACAUCACUGUGAUAUCUGUGGUAAAUCGUUCUCUAUAAGUGGUAACUUAGCUACUCACAGACGUAUUCAUUCAGGAGAGAAGCCAUAUCACUGCGAUAUCUGUAAAAAGUCAUUCUCUCGAAACGGUUACUUAGCAAUUCACAAACGUAUUCAUGCAGGAGAUAAGCCACAUCAAUGUGAUAUCUGUGGUAAAUCAUUCUCUACGAAUGCUGAUUUAACUGUACACAAACGUAUUCAUACAGGAGAGAAGCCACAUCAUUGUGAUAGCUGUGGUAAAUCAUUCUCUGUAAGUAGUCAAUUAACUGUUCACAGACGUAUUCAUACAGGAGAUACACCAUAUCACUGUGAUAUCUGUGGUAAAUCAUUCUCUCAAAAGAGUCACUUAACUACUCACAGAUAUAUUCAUACAGGAGAGAAGCCAUAUCACUGUGAUAUCUGUGGUAAAUCAUUCUCUCCAAGUUUUAACUUAGCUACUCACAGACGUGUUCAUACAGGAGAGAAGCCAUUUCACUGUGAUAUCUGUGGUAAAUCAUUCUCUACGAAUUCUCAUUUGACUAUACACAGACGUAUUCAUACUGGAGAUACGCCGUAUCACUGUGAUAUCUGUGGUAGAUCAUUCUCUCAAAAAAGUGACUUAACUACUCACAAACAUAUUCAUACUGGAGAGAAACCAUAUGACUGUGAUAUCUGUAGUAGAUCAUUCUCUCUAAAAAGUCUCCUAACUAGACAUAAACGUAUUCAUACAGGAGAGAAGCCAUUUCAGUGUAAUAUUUGUGGUACAUCAUUCUCUCAGAAUGCAACUUUAACUGUACACAGACGUAUUCAUACAGGAGAGAAACCAUAUGACUGUGAUAUCUGUGGUAAAUCAUUUUCUGAUAGUAGCCACUUAAUGAAGCAUAAACGUAUUCACACAGGAGAGAAACCAUAUCAUGUGUGAUAUGUGGUAAAUCCUUCUCAGGAAGUAGUAACUUGACUACUCACAAACUCACACAGGAGAGAAACCCUAUCACCGUGACAUCUGUGGUAAAUCAUUCUGUCAAGCUGGUCAGGUCACGUCUCAUAAACGUAUCCAUACAGGAGAGAAACCAUUUCACUGUGGUGUGUGUGGUAAUUCAUUUGCCGAAAAAAGUCAUCUGAAAAGACAUCAGUGUUCAUCAUGAUGUGUGAUUCUGUAUCAAAAUUCAGCUUGUAGGGAAAUAAAAUCUAAAACUGGUUCAACUGAA